UUAUGUUAUCAUUCAUAUCUAACCUCAUCAAAAACAACUUUAUUACACGAAAAUUUGUUUUUAUGUUCAUUUAUUUCACUAUUCUUUGAUCAAUGCCGUUGCAUUUUAUUUAUGAAAAAAACGAUAUUAUAUUCUGUAAAUCAUGAAAGAUAAAUCAAAUAUAUCUGAAUUAUUUCACAAUACCAAAGUAAAAAAAUCUUACUUGAAAGUAUGUGCACCUAUGGUUCGAUAUAGCAAAGUGCAAUUUAGAACACUUGUUAAGAAUUUUGGAGUGGAUUUAACAUUUACGCCUAUGAUAUUAGCAGAUUCAUUCUGUCAGAAUAUGAAAGCCAGAGCGAGUGAGUUUUCAACAACCAGCAGUGAUACUCCCCUAAUUGCUCAGUUUGCUGCCAACAAUGCUGAUGAUUUUAUUGACGCUUCCAGAUUAAUAUAUCCAUACACAGAUGGCGUAGACUUGAAUUGUGGCUGCCCUCAAAAAUGGGCUAUCAAUGAUGGAUAUGGCUGUUCAAUGCUUAGCAAACCUGAGGUUAUUCAUGAUAUAGUACGAGGGGUCAGAAGUAAUUUACCAAACAACUUUAGUGUGUCCGUGAAAAUAAGAGUUUUAAAGGAAUUAAAGAAAACUAUUAAUCUAUGCCAGCAGUUGGAAAAAUGUGGUGUUACAUUUCUAACAGUGCAUGGACGAACACCAGAGCAGAAAAGUGGUGAUUGUAUUAAUACAAAUGCUUUAAAAGAAGUGUGUCAGUCAGUACAAGUGCCAAUUGUUGCAAAUGGUGGUGUUAAAUCCCUGGCUGAUGCUGAUGAGCUCCACAAUACUGUGUGUUGUGAUGGUGUGAUGGCUGCCAGUGGUCUGCUCACAAAUCCAGCUUUGUUUAGUGGGGCUAAUACAACACCUCUUAAUUGUGUCAAACAAUGGAUUGAUUUGAAAAAUCAAAUGAAAGAUAGGAUCACAUUCCAGUGUUAUCACCACCAUUUAGUAUUUAUGCUUGAGAAAGUAUUGAGUAAGCAACAAAAACGAAUAUUUAAUCACUUAGGUAGUUUUGAAACUGUUGAUGAUUAUUUAGAUAGAAAUAUAUUAGGCAGUAUUAAUUGUACAAAUGAAUGUAGUAAUUGUUCUUUAGAUGAAUUUGUAACAUGUGAUUUCCCAGAAGAAAUUACUUUAAAACAUGCUAAAAAGUGUAGAUGUUGUGCCAGAAGUGUAACAUAUUGUGUUUGUAAGAAAUAUGACUAUGAUGCUUCAGAUGGUAGUUUUUUUCUCACUUAUGUGGAUACCAAUGAUGAGAAUGUAGGAUUAAACAUAUUUGAUGAAUCUUAACAUAACAUUAUUACCUAUAUUAUUACUUUUAACUUUCGGCUGCAUUAUACAAUUUUUGAUUGUCAAGUCUAUUCAAAUGGGCCCCCAGGAUUUGAUUUUAUACAAUUUAU